GCGAUCGGCACGAAGUGACACGGACAUGAGAAAGAGGGCGGCUAUAAAACACACGCAAUUGCUUAAACUAAAUUACUUCAACACUUUUUUUAAUCGACGCCAUGUCUACACCAGUAGCUUUAUUUCUUCUUUGCGUCUGCAUUGCGUCCGAUGUGAUGGCAAACGUUGAAGUUUGUAGUUUGAAGUCAGAUACAGGACCUUGCGAUGGCUUAUUCCCAAGAUGGUACCACGUGAACGGAGUGUGCAAGGAGUUCGUCUACGGCGGUUGCAAAGGAAACCGGAAUAACUUCAAGAUGCGGGAGGAAUGCGAGCGGAAAUGCAUAGUUUGUAAUCUGCCUGCAGUAAGCGGGAACUGCGAGGCAUAUAUGCCCAGUUGGUACUUCGUCAACGGAGUCUGUAAGGAGUUUGUAUACGGCGGUUGUGGGGGAAACGGUAACAGGUUCAAGUCGCUAAAUGCUUGCAAGAGUGCAUGCACGAUCAAACAACAUUAAACGUAGUUGUGAUACAUGCAUGUAGAAACAUCAUAAAAUCGACUGUGGGAACGUAUACAGCGAUAGUAAUGAUACUUUUCGCUUUAUAUAUGCGGAAGAUGGCCUUAAUUAUAAGUUUAUAUGGAACAAUGAUAUACGUUUAUAAAUAACAUUUAUAAACCUG